GCCGCCAACCACCAGCGGUCAUGCACACCUACUAUAAUAUUAUACUCCUUCUGUUCGCGGUAUGUAGCCUUACACUCGCGCAAAACUACAGCCGCGGCUCUGACCUCUCCUUCGUAGAAUCGGUCUACGUCAAACUUUCUGGAGCAUGUAGAGCUAUGGUUGAUCUCAGCGGCACGUCAGGAGACCAAAAUGAAUUAAUAAGCACACUGAAGAUAGUCCAACUUGCCGGCAACACCAUCAAUUCUUACCCGAUUAAUGAAUCAUUUGUCGCUCUCACGCAACCUUCAGUAUUCGACAUAACGAAGCAAACCAAAGUGAUUAUCCACGGAUUCAGAGACAGUUCACAAUCUGCUGUUCCCUUGGAAUUAGCACAAGCCUACAACGAUAAGCAGAUGUUCAAUGUAUUGAUGCUCGAUGCAGAGGAAAUGCUCGGCAAGCGUUACAUAUCUUCCGUCCGCAACGCUCGCCUGGUCGGCAAAAGACUCGCGAAUCUUCUUGCUAAUUUAGAAAAUUUCGGAGCCAACGCAGAAGACUUCCACCUACUGGGCAUUAGUCUUGGAGCCCACGUCGCGGGGUGGGCUGGCAAGUAUUUUAAACAAUACAAAGCUAAACAUCUGGGGCGUAUCAGCGGCCUGGAUCCGGCGGGCCCUUGCUUCUCUCACGCGUACAGUGAACAAAGGUUGGAUAAAACAGACGCAAAUUACGUGGACGUGAUACACUCGAAUAGACUGGUGCAAGGGGUCAUCGAGCCACUUGGUCACUCGGAUUACUACCUGAACGGAGGAGGGCCGACGCAGCCGGGUUGUUUUAUGCCGUCGUGCAGUCAUUUACGCGCAGCACAAGUGUAUACGGAAAGUGUAAAAACUCCAAAAUCGUUUGUAGGAGUGAGGUGUAAAUCCUGGAAGCAUUUUCAGGCUAACGCGUGUGAAAAGGAUUUCUCUGUGUUAGGUUACGGGUCAUCGACCACUACUCGUGGCCUUUACUACCUGCGUACCGGAGGGAGCGCGCCCUAUGGGCUCGGGAUGGAUGGCACGAAAGCUACCCGGACAACAAACGAUUAUUGGUUCCGAACUUUAAACUUAACUUAAUCUGUGAUUUGAUUUAUAGGCAUUUAAAAAAUAUGUUGCCAUAGUGUAAAUAAUAUUAUUUUCGUAACUCAAAUUAUGAGUUCUAAGAAAUAAAUCGUGACUCGUGUUGGUGGCGGGUCUUUGCACUAUGAAGAUUGGUGAGUGACUUCGAUAGAAGAUUUUUGUAUUAGGUUAGUGUUAAUUUCCACAACAAUAUGACGUUCUCUUUAUCACGUCGUAGAAUCGUUCAUAUUACGAGCAGCUAUUGUGAACUGUUAACAGUAAAGUGAAUUUGUUAUGCAACUACCUCAACAUGAUAUGUUCAGUGUUGUAACUAUUUGAAAUAAGAUCGUUAAAUUAAAGUGGCUGUUAAAAUGAUUUGUAAAUAUAAUUUCAGCAAACA